AUGGGAGACGAAUGCAGGGAGUGCAGGAAGUGGGAGGAGGAUUUGUACUGGAACCACUUCCAAUCCGUUCAGUUCAUUCAGUUUCUUUCUGGAGAUUUUUAUAAUCAACUCGCUAUCCCCAAAAAGUUUGUCAACAAUUUAAGAGAGAAACUAUCAGAUUUUGUGAUUCUUAAAGGGCCAAGUGGCACUGCAUGGAGUGUCGGACUGGCAAGUAGUGGGGAUACCUUGCUCUUCAAACAUGGUUGGAGUGCUUUUGUAGAAGAUCAUUCUCUAGAAGAAGAUGAUGUGUUGGUCUUCAAAUACAAUGGGGACUCACGUUUUGAUGUUGUAAUGUUUGCCCGACUGAGUUUUUGUGAGAAGGAAGGUUCAUAUUUUGUCAGGAAAUGUGAGCAUACAGAAGUUGACAGUGGAUGCCGAACAAAGAGAGACAUGAUUAUGGACAGUUUUGAAGUUACGGAUGACUCUUCACAUGAUACGGCUGGGUAUACUCCAUCAAAGAAAGUUAGGAAGGACGAUACAUGGACACCAUCACCCUCAGCAGGGCAGGAUUCCCGGGCCAGUAGAAGAAAUCGGAGGAAUGCUAAAAAUGGUAGAAAAAGAUCAAGCAGCAGGACUUGGGUCUAUCCCAUGCAAUAUGUAUCCAAGAGAAGACCUGUAACUGAAGAGGAGAAAGAAAAGGCCCUGCAAAUGGCAAAAGUAGCAUCAACCAAAGACAGUUUCUUAGUUGUUAUGCGACCCUCACAUGUAUACAAGGGAUUCUUUAUGUCGAUCCCUGCUGAAUGGGCAACUAUCAAUCUCCGUGACAAAACUCAAGAUGUGACUCUUCGUGUUAGAGAGAAUACUUGGCAUGUCAGAUUAUAUCAAAGAGCUUGUGGCUGUGGACUAACCAGUGGUUGGAAGAAUUUCGCCAUUGAAAACUUCUUGGAGGAAUUCGAUGUGUGUCUGUUUAACCCUGCCGGUGAAACAAACAACACCAUUGUCAUGGAUGUUAGCAUCUUUCGAGUUGUUGAGGAAGUGAUUCCACCAACUAAAGUGACCUCUCCCACCUCGAGGCGUGGAAAGCCAUCGAAAAAAUUCUAGGAUAAAACUAAACAAGGGUACUGCUCACUGGUACAUGACUGCUGCGAUUAGGUGUGUUGUCUCAAUGUUAACUUGGGUUUCUGACGGAAUGCACAAUUUGGAAAACUUUUGAACUGUAUUUUGGAUAUGCACUAGCAUCUUUUGGCAAGAAAGCAUCUUGGUAG